AUGGCCCCAAGACAAUCAAAAACAGCUAAAAGAGAUAAAUCAAAAAAUAAAACAAGAACUGUAGAUUCAGAAGUACUUUCAGAUUCAGCUGCUCGAAAUUUAUUAGCAAAUCAACCAAAAUUAACACCAAAAUCUAAAGUCAAAAAACCUUCAAAACUUGCAACCAAAAAACAACAAGCUAAAAUUAGACUAUAUGGAGCCAAAAAUGGUAAAGAAUAUUCAGAAAAUCAAUUAGAUAUACCGACAUUAAAUAAAGCUAUAGUACCUGGAGUCAAAGCAAAACGUGGUAAAAAAGGUAAGAAAUUUAUUGAUGAUAAUGAUACAAUAACGAUGACUAGAUUAGUUAAAUCUAUAAAUGAUAAAUAUGAUCAAGUAAAUGAAAGUAAGUUAGAAAAAUCAAGAAGGUUAGAAGAGAUACGAGAGUUGAAAAGACAAGAAUUAGAAAGAAAAGAACAAGAAAAGAUUAAUAAAUUAGAAGGUAAAAAGAAUGAAAUAAGAAGCAAAGCAUCAUUAGCAAGAUCAAAUAGAAGAAAGAAUGCUAAAGCAAGAAAUGCGGAAGAAGAAGCUGAGCCCAAAUCUAAGAAAAAGAGGGUUUCAUUUGUAUAA